AUGCCCGCCCAACAGGCCCAACCAUCACAUUCUCCUCAACAACAACAUCAGCAACCACAAGCGUAUAGCAACGAGCAAGCGCAGCAACCGCAAGCCACAGAGCUCAGCGUUAUAUUAUGCACAGCUGGAUAUGACCACUCUAUCCGGUUCUGGGAGGCAUGGAGCGGGAUUUGCUACAGGCAAAUAACCUUGCAGCCACAAUGGAAACAAGUCAACCGCUUAGCUAUCUCACCCGACAAGAAGUUCCUCGCUGCAGCCACAAAUCAGUCCGUCCGGAUAUGGGACAUACCGAGCAUGUCAAAUACACCAAUAUCAGCCCUCGAAGGACACACAGGGAACGUCACGGCGCUGGCAUACUCGGCGCAGGGGAAAUGGAUAGUCACAGGAAGCGAGGACUCGACCGUCAGAGUAUGGGAUACAAAAAGUGGAGGGGUCCAGCUCAAGUACGAGCACGAUGCGCCGGUCAAUGAUGUCGUUAUUCACCCAAAUCAGGGCGAGCUGAUCAGCUGCGACCAGGCGGGGAGUGUCAAAAUAUGGGAUCUGGCGGAGAAUACUUGUACGCAUGAGCUGGUCCCAGACGAAGAUGUAGCGAUUCGGAGCGUCUCUAUCUCCUCUGACGGCUCUACUCUUGUCGCCGGAAACGACCUCGGAAUGUGUUACGUCUGGAAGAUCAGCUCGGAUGGAGAAUCCUCAGGACUUCACCCGGUCACCAGUUUCCAAGCACAUCCAAAGUAUAUCACUCGAUGCCUAAUGAGCCCAGAUACAAAACAACUCGCUACAUGCUCGGCGGAUCAAACGAUAAAAGUCUGGUCAACGGCGAAUUACGAGUUCACACUCCAAAAGACACUAGGAGGACACCAACGCUGGGUGUGGGAUGCUGCAUUCAGUGCAGAUUCAGCAUACUUGGUGACCGCAUCAUCAGACCACGCAGCACGGUUAUGGGAUCUGGCGACUGGAGAGACGGUACGGCAAUAUGAUGGCCAUCAUCGCGCGGCGGUGUGCUGCGCCCUGAAUGAUAUCAAUUUGGCGUGA